AUGUCAUCUUCAUUUUCAAGAUUGGGUAACUAUGUCAAACAAACAUAUCCAAUUUAUAUUGCAAACAAACCUGUUACAGCUUCAACCAAUUACCUAAAUGUAAUUGAUAAAUUUACAAAUAAGCAUGUAUCGACUAUACCAUUUGCAAAUAAGGACAUGAUUAAUAAAGCAAUAGAGAAAUCAGUGGAAUGCGCAGCUCCAAUGUCAAAGCUGACUUCUUUCCAUAGAAAAUUGGUAUUGUUACAGAUUGCAGAGAAGAUCUUGAAGAGACAAGAAGAAUUUGCAGAGGCAAUCGUGGUGGAAGUUGGUAAGCCUUUGGCUGAUGCUCGUGCAGAGGUCGGUCGUGCUAUCGAUACUUUUACGGUAGCCGCCGAAGAAUCUGUACGUCACUACGGUGAGACUGCACAGCUCGACAUCUCACAUCGUAACGCUGGAUUUCAAUCGAUUUCAAAGCGUUUCCCUGUUGGACCAAUCUCCAUGAUUGCGCCAUUCAACUUUCCUUUGAAUCUAUGUGCUCACAAGGUUGCACCAGCGAUCGCAGCGGGAUGUCCAUUCGUCUUGAAACCAUCGGAUCGUACACCGAUCUCUGCUGCACUGCUUGGUGACAUCCUCGCACAGACUGAUCUUCCCGAGGGUGCAUUCUCUAUCUUCCCAACCGAGUUGCAAGACGCACCGAUUCUUAGUCGCGACGAACGCUUCAAGUUGGUGUCGUUCACCGGAAGUCCAGCAGUCGGUUGGAAAAUCAAAGAGGAUGCCGGAAGAAAGAAGGUUGUUCUCGAACUCGGAGGUAUUGCAGCUUGCAUCGUUGAUAAAACCAUCGAUGAGUCAAAGUUGAAUCACAUUGUUUCGAGAAUUCUGUUUGGUGCAUUCUACUCGCAGGGUCAGAGUUGUAUCAGUGUCCAACGUGUCUACAUUCACCAGGAUCACUAUGCGCGUGUUAAGCAGUUGUUGAUCGACGGUGUAAAGCCACUCAAUCAGAGACGUGGUGAUCCAAUGAAUCCAAAUACCUUCCUUGGUCCUAUGAUCACAGAGAACGAUGCGGUCAGACUUGAAAAGUGGGUGUCAUCGGCUGUCACCGAUGGUGCCAAGCUUUUGUUUGGAGGUAAGCGUGAUGGAAGCAUCUUUGAUUUGACCAUACUCGAAAAUCCACCCAAACACUCGGAUGUCUCAUGCAAAGAGGUGUUUGGACCUGUAUUCUACAUUGAGCCAUUCACCGACUUCAAGGAGGUAGUCGAACGUGUCAACUCCACCGAGUAUGGACUUCAAGCCGGUGUAUUCACCAACGAUAUCAACAAGGCAUACUAUGCAUUCAAUAACAUUGAAGUUGGAGCAGUAGUAAUCAAUGAUAUUCCAUCUGUUAGAGUUGAUUCUCAAGCUUAUGGUGGAAUUAAAGGAUCUGGAUUGGGAAGAGAAGGAAUUAGAAAUACCAUUGAAGAGUAUACUGAAUUGAAAUUAAUGAUUCUUAAAGAUAUUGGAAAUAUCUAA